AUGGAGGCUUUAAAGACAGCCUCCAGGGUGGAGAGCGAUCACAGUGUCACCAUGUGCAAGUCUCAAUCACUUGGUCUUUCAGACUUGCUGCGCUGGCUGCCCUGUGCAGCACAAGUAUCACUUCAGAUUGCCUAUGCUGAGUACCCGAGGUACUACUCUCACAUCUGCGGUGGAACCCUUAUCAGCAGCAAAUGGGUCAUGACUGCAGCCCAUUGCCUCAGCAUCUACCGAGUGGCUCUGGGUGAGCACAAUCUCUCGACAGUGGAUGGCACCGAGUACUAUAUCGAUGUGGAGAGAGUCUUCAUUCAUGAUGGCUGGAAUCCCUCUGAUAUUGCCAAUGGCUAUGACAUUGCCCUGCUGCGCCUCGAUUCUCCUGCCUAUGGCAAUGGGUUCGUUGAGCUGGGAGCGCUUCCACCUGCAGGAGAAAUUUUACCCAAUAACUAUCCCUGCUAUAUUACUGGCUGGGGGGUGGUUAGUGUGGAUGGCAGCACUGUGGACACACUGCAGGAGACGAUGUUGCCGGUGGUCGACCAUGAGAUCUGCUCCCAGCAAGACUGGUGGGGAUCUCUAGCAAAAGUCACUAUGAUCUGUGCAGGUGGAGAUGGCGUGAAGUCUGGAUGCAGUGGGGACUCUGGGGGCCCUCUCAGCUGCUACAAAGACAAUCGCUGGGAAGUCCACGGGAUUGUCAGUUUUGGGCUAGUUCCUUACUGUAACACCUACAGGAAGCCAACCGUCUUCACACGUGUGUCAGCCUACAUAGACUGGAUCGACAGC